GCGGACACGAUUUCGCUUCGCAUACGCCCGUUAUUUUUAACUUAUUAUGCUAUAGCAAUCGCGAAGUAGCGCAGUGAGCUUUCUGUGCCAUUCGUCGACGAUUCCGUAUGCACAUCAUUUAUUUGUAAAUUGUUUCACAGCUGAAUAUUUAUGGAUUUCAUUAAAUGUUCGAAAUACCAAUCCAUGAAGAAUUGCUGCUGUGAAAAAUCGUCGAUGGAUGAUGAGCAUCGAAGCAACGAAAACUACACAUUCCCUGUACAAGCAAACAUAAUCGAUCGUGUAAAUCCUCUUGUUAGUAUAGAACCAUUACGCCUUGUCAAAAAUAGAGAGCAUAAGAAAAAUUCUAUAUGUGAAUCUUUCGAAAUACCUUACGGCAUCCCUAAUCAUAUAAACAAUAAGAACACACGAGAGGAGACUGCUGCCUCUUUCAACGCGCAGGGAGAUAAAAAUUUCCGGUGUCCUAGAUGUGGUAAAAGGAUGCAGGAACCGCGAUUACUCCCUUGCUUACAUCCUAUAUGUUCACCAUGUGUCUCAGAAUUAAUGAGCAGUCGUACGUACCGAAAUUUUAAUUGCUUAUUAAUAUAUCAAUUUGAUGUUCCCCGUAUGUUCGCAGCUUGUAACAAUUCUUCAAGAAAUACGAAAAGUAAUUAUUACGAAGUAUGUCCUUUGUGCGAUUUUCAAUUACCGAACGCUAACUCGCCAAUUCCGCCUCCACAUUAUCCUCUUCAGCAUCGACUGGUGAUGAACGUCGUCAAAUCGAAAUUCGCAAAUAAAGUACUUUGCGAUGCUUGUUCAGAUGAAGUCGUGGCGGUUGUUCAGUGUUCCACGUGUCUACGCAAUUUUUGCUUAGAUUGUGGUACGCGACACCAGCAAUUAGUCACGAUGGAAUUGAAGCCGUCGAAACACUCGGUAAAACCACUCUGGGAAGCUACCAAAGUACGGCGCACCGCAUUCUGUCAGAGACACCCUACGCACGUAUUGCGAUUUUAUUGCAUUGCAUGCCAGCAGGUGACUUGCAAAGAAUGCAUAUGGAGUAUUGAACACAGAGGUCAUGCAACUGAAAAUGCAUUUGGAGCUGGGAAACGAGUUACUGCCUAUUUAAGAAAAGUAUUACAAAGGGCAAGAACCCUUUUAAAUAUGCUGUUGACGCAAUACGAUCGAAGUGCAUUUUUAAAUAGUACGCUAGAAAAUAGCAGAGAUUCUUCUUCACCUAUGGAGUACAGGUAAUUAUUUUUUAUUACUUUAAUAAGUAAUAACAUGUCUAAUAAAAAAAUUGUCAUGUGAUGAUUAUUGCUGCGAAGCAUAUAAACUGUCAUUUGAGGUAUAAGUUUUACAUUCCUGUAGAAUGCAAAAGGCUGUGAUAGAAGGUGCUACAUACUUUUGUACCGUUAUUUGUAUACAAUAAAUGUCGUAUUAUAGAAGAAAUAAAACAUGUUUGAAAAAUAAAAUUUAUUCAAAACCACCUGUA